UACAUUUUUGUAUGUGGUGUUGGUGAUGGUGGCUUUACAAUGAUCUUAAGUCUUUAUAUAAGAAGGACCUGGAGAGAUACUAGAUUUUAUGAGUAUAGACUGGUACAGGGAGGCUUAUAUAUAAUGUGAAAUGAUAUUAUGACCUGUUAGAACGACACACAGUAGCUUAGACACACAAAAAAUGCAGGAAUCGAGCGGGAAAAUGAAGGAGCAACACUCAGCAUCUUUAAGAGAUCAUCAGUUCUAUGGUUACAAAUUGUGAGCUAUUCCACAUUUGGGUUUAAAAUAAGUCCCCGCCCACGGCCGUGAAUCCUGAUGUAGUCUAAAUGAAUCCUGGCAGAGUUGUAAAAAUUGCCCCAAUCAUGCGCCUCAGACGCACGGGAAGGCGUGCCUCAGGUUGCGCUUAAAUUUAAGUCUGUGCAGCGGUGAAGGACGCAGUUUGCUUUGGAUUUACACCAAGCCAGUGCUUCCCUGAGCUACAAGCUGAUGUUUAUUUGGAUCGGAGCUUAUUAAGUUGAUAUUUUCACGUCGUUGUUUUGCUAUUUUAGACCCAUUUUUUGCGACUGGAGGACGGGAUUGUGCCACAUUUGGAGUUUUCCGACGCGCGUCAAGGGACGAUACAAUAGGCUAUCCACACGUGAGGUUCAGCCUUCUCCUGAAUGCUUUCCUCUCGUGGCAUGAGCGAAAUAUAAACAGCUGGUGUGUGUUUAUGAAUCGCUUUAUCAGCCCAUAGUGUUGCAGUUGGUGUGUGGAGAGCAAAUGGCCAUAAGGCGCCCUUCUCGCAGCGCGCACAAAUCCCUUUGACGUGGAUCUGUCACACUCUGUCCAGCUCUUGUAUGGCUAAAGCCGGAGGUUUCCUACAGACAGGACCCAGUUUGCGGAGUUAAAAGUUGUGUAUUGUUUGUUGUCUCGAGCGUCUCUUUCCAUCACUACACCAAUGAUGACUGAGAACAAUGAGGUGGAGAGCGACUCGCAGCUCCAGCGCUCUCCAAGCAGCAUGUCCAUCCAGCCGAUGACAUCCAAGCUCCAAAGGCUAAAGCGCUCGCUGUCCUUCAAGACCAUGAUGCGCAGUAAGAGCGUGGAGAACUUCUUCCAGAGGUCCUACAGUGACGCUCGCCUGCCCCCAGAUUUCAUCACCGACCCACCGCCUCCCUCUCCCCCUCUGCUGCCUGGCUCUCCACUCGUCGGCGACCGUUCACCGUCCAUUUCGCCAUCCCUCAGCCCCAACCCCUCCAUCGCCUCCCACUCCCCCUCUCUCAGCCUUUCCCCAUCACUGCCCACCAAGCCUCCCCGACCUCAGAUUACCCACUCUUUUCAGGACCAUGUCUUUCGCAAGCCCACCAACUGCCAGCACUGCAAGCACAUGAUAGUGGGAAACUCCAAACAAGCUCUGCGGUGUAAAACGUGCAAGUUGGCUGCACACCUGUGGUGUACCUCUGAACUAUCACAGCAGCCAUGUCAUGGGAAGUCUGGAGCAUUCAAGCGAAACUUCAGCUCGCCGAUGCUUGUCAAUGACCAACUGGCUGUCGUCAAGGAAGUUCAACCAAGCCAAGAGGCUGUGCGGACGCGUGUAGACCCCGUGUAUGCGGCCUUGCGCUACGGGACAUCCUUGGCACAGAUGAGCCGCUCCAGUUUUGGCAGUUUGUCAGAGUCACCAACACGCAGCCUGGGGGAGGGAGGUGAGGAGAGGCAGCAGAGACAGUGCAGCAUGGAGGAAGAGAUAACUCAGGAGACAGGGGACACCCCUGUCCCUGACACCGAGAUCGAGAAGGAGGAAGACGAGAGCAGCGGCCAAGCUCAGACACCCGCAGAGGAGAGCAAUGUGAAGGUACCCAAGCGCAUUGAAGUUCACUCCAUCCACACCUAUGUAGCACUCUACAAGUUUCUGCCUCAGGAACAGAAUGACCUGGAACUACAUCCUGGUGAUCGGGUGCAGGUCACUGACGACUCUAAUGAGGAGUGGUGGAAGGGAAAGAGUGGUGACAGAGUCGGCUUCUUCCCCGCCAACUUUGUGCAGAGGGUGCGGCCAGGAGAGAGAGUGUGGCGGGUCGUCCAGGGCGUUUCCGGCAACAGAGAGAGAGGACACAUGGCCGUCAGGGAAUCCCAGAUCUGUGUGGGGAAGCGAGAAGACGGCGAGCUGUACCUGAAGCUGAGCAGUGGGAAGAAGAGAGGGCUGGUCCCAGCUGACUCCAUAGAGGAGAUCUGAGCCUCUGCGUGUACGCAUCCCCGUCUUUCCACUCCUACUUUCCCCCAGGGACGCACACCCAUCUUCAAAACUACUGCCACCACUCCUCUCCCCCUCUCACUCCCCCACCUCACCUCACCUCGGCAAAACGUCAGCCGCAGCCUCUCCAGCGAGUCCUGACUGACUUAAAGCGAACGCAGAUACAACUGGACAGAAAACACACACUUCUGCAAAGAUCUGGAACCAUUACCCCACCCCAACCCCCAACCCCCAGUGAACACAUGGUUUCCAGUUGAAUUGGCUUGCUGUUAGUCCUUAAUAAAGUGUACAGUUAUGCAGUAGUC